GUUUAUUUUAAAUUUAUCGCUUGUAUUAGCGUUUUGAAAUUCUAGACUUAAAAUGACUUCCAGCACGGAGGAGAAUGCUUCUAAACAAAGGAAACGAAAAUGCAAACUGGCCAAAUCGAAAGAGCCCGAGAAGCGAUUAAUUGGUAUUGGAUUACUGCCGGUUAUGAUAUUUCUGGCCUCCACAGUUACCGUAGCAGUAAUGGUGAACCUACAACCACAUACCAGCAAAAUUUUCCCUUGGAAAUCAACAGUUUCUUCACAAUAUUCCCAGCAGCCACCGCCCACAUAUGCGAUCUACAAUCGGGGUUCCAAAGAGGAUCAUUUGGUGCACGUGAUAAAUGUUCUGCACAAGUUUGGUUACCAAAGAGUGGACCUUAAUGGGAGUUGGAACCUUUUGUGGGCCCACCAUUAUCCGUUUUCGACCAUUGAAAAUCUCAAGAAUCUUGGCAAGAAUCAGGUGGUAAACCAUUUCCCAGGCUGCGGUUAUCUCACCAACAAGGUGGACCUGUGCACUACUAGGCUUCCCUUUCUGCCACGUGCUUUUCGACUACCAGAACAGCGGGAAGAGUUUCUAGACUACGCCAGGGAUAAUCCCCAGGCACACUUCGUCCAGAAACACAAUCAGCAUAGGCAUAUUAAGGUGCGAGCACCCGCUGAAAUAGCUUUUGGAUCCAAUGAUUCCUUUGUUCAAGAGUUCGUCAAAAAACCCUUUCUGGUGGAUGGCCACAAAUUCGACAUCGGAGUUUACGUAGUUAUCACAUCAUUUAAUCCUCUACGAGCCUACAUCUAUACAGGAGACGUAAAUUUCCGUUACUGCCCUGUGAAAUACCAUCCCUUUGAUGCCGAGAAUGUAGGCAAGUAUGUCGUCGGUGACUACUUCCUGCCCACCUGGAAGAUUCCUUCACUUCGCAAGUACUAUAAUAGCUUUGGCGGCGGAAUGCGUACUGCUUUUGAAGCGUAUGUCCGAGAUCAGGGCAGGGAUCCAGCCAAGAUUUGGCCUCAGGUGGAGUAUAUAAUCCGCACAACGAUUGCAGCGAAGGAACAAGACAUUGCCAACAUCCUACGCGCCUACAAGACGGACAACUUUUUCGAUCUGAUGAGAUUCGAUCUGUUCAUUGACGAGGAUCUUAAGGUUUUUCUCAUGGAGGCCAACAUGUCUCCCAAUCUUUCUUCCGCUCAUGUUAAGCCGAAUUCGCUUUUGUAUGAGCAAGUUCUGUACAGUGUUUUUAAUCUGGUCGGAAUUAGGCCGUUCGCUGCCACAAGUGGCACUUUACCUUGUGAAAGCAGUGAAAUGAUCACCGCCGAUAAGAACUUGGCCACCGAUUUGAACAAAUGUGCUGCUUAUGAUUGCGACAAGUCCUGCAACAAGGAGGAGUGCGAACUGUGCCUGCAAUGCCUCAGUGGAUCCGAGUACGAAAUACUGCAGCAAGCUCAUCAGGAGCACUUGCACCGCGUGGACAUGAAACGGAUUAUUCCCAAACCAAUUCACGAUCUUAAAAACUUCAAUCUCAUUGAGGAAACUAAGAAACUGACAAAGAAGAACGCUUGGAUGACUCGCUGGUUCUAUAACAAAUGCCAAUUUGAUGCUGCCUGGUGCAAUUAGAUAAUUUUAUUAUGAUAUUUAUGUAAAUACUUUUUGUGACUAAUUAACUUUUUACACUCAGUAUGCAAGUAAGUUUAUAUUAAACCCAUUAGAAAUUUCCCUAACCGCUUCACCAGAGAUGACAAAUUUAAACUACCGCCAUUAAA